AUGUCAAUAUCCGAAAAAUUCACGUGUGAUCGACUGGUACCCUUGCCCUCAGAACAACGGCUGACCUCUCGUAUUGACUUUGAGAUUGAGGAAGAUCCUAUGCGGAACAUCCUCUGGGGUAUUUUCACAUCGCACUGGUCUUACUGGACUUCUGAGGCAUUUGCAUUUUUCCUACUUAGUCAACUGCAUGGUGCCCCAAACGUGCAACAAAACGACCCCUAA